CUUAAUUUUCCACUUUCUUUUAUUUCCCCUUCCCCUAUAAAUACCAGCCCAUCUCCACCACUCAAAACACACACUCAAAACACUAAGAAAGUUACAAAGUUUUUGAGAGAAACAACGGAGAUGAAUUUCCCUGUUAUCAACAUGAACAAUCUAAAUGGUGAAGACAGAGUAUCUGCAAUGAAACAGAUCAACGAUGCUUGUGAAAAUUGGGGUUUCUUCGAGUUGGUGAAUCAUGGGAUAUCACAUGAGCUGAUGGACAAAGUGGAGAAGCUGACAAAGGAGCAUUAUAGAAAGUGUAUGGAACAGAGGUUCAAAGAAAUGGUAGCGAUCAAAGGGUUGGAUUCAGUGGAAACUGAGAUUAACGACACUGAUUGGGAAAGCACUUUUUUUUUACGACAUCUUCCAGUUUCCAACAUGUCGGAAAUUCCUGAUCUGGACGAGGAUUACAGGCAGGUGAUGAAGGAAUUUGCAGUAGAAUUGGAGAAAUUAGCAGAGCAAAUUCUGGAUUUGCUUUGUGAGAAUCUUGGGCUUGAAAAAGGGUACUUGAAAAAGGCGUUUUAUGGGUCUAAAGGUCCUAACUUUGGGACUAAAGUUAGCAAUUACCCUCCAUGUCCUAAACCGGAGCUGAUUAAAGGGCUUAGAGCCCAUACUGAUGCUGGUGGGCUUAUUCUUCUGUUUCAAGACGACAAAGUCAGUGGGCUUCAGCUGCUCAAAGAUGGCAAAUGGGUUGAUGUCCCACCAAUGCAUCACUCUAUUGUCAUCAAUUUAGGAGAUCAGCUCGAAGUUAUUACAAAUGGAAAGUACAAGAGUGUAAUGCACAGAGUGAUAGCACAGCAAGAUGGAAACAGAAUGUCGAUAGCAUCAUUCUACAAUCCAGGAAACGACGCCGUAAUCUAUCCGGCGCCGGCGCUGGUGGAAGGAGAGGAAGAAAAAAGCAAACUUUACCCAAAAUUUGUGUUCGACGAUUACAUGAAGCUGUACGUGGGGCUUAAGUUUCAAGCAAAAGAGCCAAGGUUUGAGGCUAUGAAAGCCAUGGAGUCUACCAAUCUCAAUUUGGGUCCAAUUGCAACUGUUUGAAAACCCCCCCAAAAAACACAAGAAAGAUCAAACAAAUUAAAGGGAUUUGGAUUAAUUGUGGGUGUUUUUAUCAUUAUUAUUGUUAGAAAAGAACAAAUUGUAGUGGUACAUUAGUGAUGAUGUUUGGGGGUUGGGGAACAGUAGUCUGUAUUUUUAUUUUACUUUUAAAAACAUGAUAGUGGUUUGGGAGCAAUAUGAAGGCUUUCUAGGUUAAUAGUUAUAACAAUAAUGGAUAUGUGUGUGUCUUUGUUAUUCUGAAAUAUGGUUUUUAUUCAGAGUGGAAAUAGACUUACUUUGUAUACAAA